CCAACACUCAAACAGUCGCGAAAUCUGAAACCCAGAUCUUCUCUUUUAUUAUUCUUCUUAGUAUCAGCGAAUUACUAUAAAAUGAUGGAGAGCUACGACGAAUCGCAAAUGGUUUACUGCCCGUACAACAAGGAGCACAAAAUGCUCCGCAAGAAACUCCAGCAGCACAUCCUGAAGUGCCGUGUGAUCUACAAAGACACGGUGGAACUGAUGGUUUGUCCCUUCAACAAGGGGCACCUCAUUCCGGAGCCUGAGUUUUUUCAACACACCAAAUCGUGUGAGGAUCGGAAGAUUAUAGUGCACUACCAGACGAGUGCACCUGCUGUUCUGAACGAAGACACCAGACACGCCAAGAUCGAGUGCGAAGAAAACUGGGACGACGAUGAUGUUCCCGACUACGAUCCUGAGGUCUACUGUUCCACGGCCAAUAUAGUGAGGGAACCGAAUGGGUUGUUUCCCUCUCAGCGAAAGGCUUUUAUCAAGGAGGAGAAUCGUCGUCAGUUUGGCGAAGACUACGAGGAGGAGAAACCCCCGACGGCUAAGAAUCGUGCGGAGACUCGUCGCGCUCCCUAUGAGGCUUUUAGGCCCUACUCAAGGCGUCAGUAGUUGGAAUAUACAAAGAUUUCCAAAAAUGCCACCGAACAAAACCAAAGUAUUUUUAGGAUCUUAAACUGGUCUCGCAGAUUUAGAAAACCAAAGAUUCACGUGUUAAAUUGCCGAUUUAGCUUGUGCUCUUAAAUAAGUAAGGUUUAGAUUUCAGUUGAGCAGUAAUAUACAGAAAUAUACGGAGAUUAAAUCAAUUCUCAAAAUCAAGAAUUAUCAUUAUCACCCAGAAGCUCAAAUUUAACUUCAUUCACAUUAAAAUUUAGUUAAUUUUCUUUUAUACCGUCAAUAUCAACUUCUUGAUACUAAUCAAAAUAAAACGAGUGCCUUCUCUACAGAAAAUAAAAUUCAAAUUUAUUUUCCUUCUUUUGUUUCCCUUUCUAUACACUUGAUGGUUGCAACGCAGUGAAGGAGUCGUUUCCGACCCCAUAAAGUAUCACCAAGCCGAAUUUUGUAUACCCUUGCAGUUAUAAGAAAUAAUCAUCGUUAGUAACACCAUGUGAAAUAUUUAAGCACUGUUGACAGUUUCAGGGAUAUUACAAAAAAAUAUUUUUCUGACAGUUGCUCUACAUGUUAGUGUCGUCCGAUUUGUAAUAAUUUUAUUUUAAAAUUCUUAGAAAUAUAAAAAAAAAUGAUAUGAAACAAA